CGGCUGAACCCUUGCUUGCUUGCUUUCCUUGCAGGCUCCGUGGCUCGGCGGCGGCUGUCCGGGCCUUGCCUCUGCUCGGCCUUCUUCCGCCUCUUAAGUCCGUCAGCAGUCCAAGGAUGCAGCAGUAGCGGGAUGGUUGGCUGUCCGGUCUGGAAUGUCGUCCUGGGCGACCAACCUCAGGGACGGCGCCUCAGCUCCUAAGUUCUUUGUUGGCUCCCGAGAUGAGGAGGUGGACUUCCUGGAACCAGACAUGAAGAUGGACGAGAUGGACUUCUUUGAGGAUGAGGAAGAGCAGGAAGAGGAGGAGGAGUCGCCUCCGGAACGGCAGAUUGUUGUUGGCAUUUGUGCCAUGACCAAGAAGUCCCAGUCCAAGCCCAUGACCCAAAUCUUGGAGCGGCUGUGCAAGUUUGAGUACAUCACGGUGGUGAUCAUGGGGGAAGAUGUCAUCCUGAAUGAGCCGGUGGAGAACUGGCCAGCCUGUGACUGCCUCAUUUCCUUCCACUCCAAAGGGUUCCCUCUGGACAAAGCCGUCGCUUAUGCCAAGCUCCGCAAGCCUUUUCUGAUCAACGACCUUGAUAUGCAGUAUUACAUCCAAGACAGGCGGCAGGUGUACCGGAUCCUGCAGGAAGAGGGAAUAGACCUGCCUCGCUACGCGGUGCUCAACCGGGACCCUGAUCACCCUGAGGAGUGCAGCCUGGUGGAGGGGGAGGACCAUGUGGAGGUCAAUGGGGCCGUUUUCCCCAAGCCCUUUGUGGAGAAGCCGGUCAGUGCGGAGGACCACAACGUCUACAUCUACUAUCCCACUUCGGCUGGCGGGGGCAGCCAACGCCUUUUCCGCAAGAUUGGGAGCCGGAGCAGCGUCUACUCUCCAGAGAGCAACGUACGGAAGACCGGAUCGUAUAUUUAUGAGGAGUUUAUGCCUACAGAUGGCACAGAUGUCAAGGUCUACACGGUUGGUCCUGACUACGCACACGCAGAGGCACGGAAGUCCCCUGCUCUCGAUGGGAAGGUGGAGCGGGAUAGCGAAGGAAAGGAGAUCCGCUACCCAGUCAUGUUAACAGCCAUUGAGAAGCUGGUGGCCCGAAAAGUGUGUGUGGCCUUCAAGCAGACAGUGUGUGGCUUUGACUUACUGCGGGCCAACGGCCAGUCCUUUGUCUGCGAUGUCAAUGGCUUCAGUUUUGUGAAGAACUCUAUGAAGUAUUAUGACGACUGUGCCAAGCUCCUUGGGAACAUCAUAAUGCGUGAAUUGGCUCCCCAGUUACAUAUCCCCUGGUCCAUCCCUACGGAAGCAGAAGACAUCCCCAUUGUGCCCACAACUUCAGGGACAAUGAUGGAGCUACGGUGUGUGAUUGCAGUUAUAAGGCACGGUGAUCGCACCCCUAAGCAGAAAAUGAAGAUGGAAGUGAAGCAUCCCAGGUUCUUUAUUUUGUUUGAAAAAUACGAGGGCUACAAGACUGGGAAGCUGAAGCUGAAAAAGCCAGAGCAGCUUCAGGAGGUGCUGGACAUCGCGCGCUGGCUGGUGCAGGAGCAGGGCGCUCCUGGGGACUCGGCGGCUGAGGAGCAGAAAUCCAGACUGGAGCAGCUCAAGACUGUGUUGGAGAUGUAUGGGCACUUCUCUGGCAUCAACCGCAAAGUGCAGCUGACUUACCUGCCGCGUGGGCAGCCGAAGGCAUCCAGCGAGGAGGAAGGCAGGUAUCAGGAAGCCUCCCCUUCUCUGCUCCUGGUGCUGAAGUGGGGGGGCGAACUGACUCCUGCAGGGAGAGUCCAGGCCGAGGAGCUGGGGCGAGCCUUCCGCUGCAUGUAUCCAGGGGGCCAAGGAGACUAUGCUGGCUUUCCAGGCUGUGGCCUCCUUCGACUGCACAGCACAUACCGCCACGACCUCAAGAUCUACGCCUCUGAUGAGGGCAGAGUCCAGAUGACGGCAGCGGCCUUUGCAAAGGGCCUCCUUGCUCUGGAAGGGGAGCUGACUCCAAUCCUGGUGCAAAUGGUGAAGAGUGCCAACAUGAAUGGCCUGCUAGACAGCGACAGCGACUCACUCAGCAGCUGCCAGCACCGGGUGAAGGCCCGCCUGCGGGAGAUCAUGCAGAAGGACCUCUUGUUCUGUGCAGAGGACUAUGAGAAGCUGGCACCAACAGGCAGUGCCUCACUCAUCAAGUCCAUGGGAAUCAUCAGGAAUCCAGUGGAGACCUGUGACCGGGUCUUUGAGUUGAUUGAGAGCCUCACCUCCCAGAUCCAGAAACGUCUGGAGGACCCAAAGUCUGCUGACCUGCAGCUGUACCAUGGUGAGACCCUGGAGCUGAUGCUGCAGCGCUGGAGGAAGCUCCAGCAGGACUUCCGGCUGAAGAACCGGCGUUACGAUAUCAGCAAGAUCCCUGACAUCUAUGACUGCGUCAAGUACGACAUGCAGCACAAUGCUGCCCUGCAGCUGGAAGGCACCCCCGAGCUGCUCAGGGUCUCCAAGGCUCUGGCAGACAUUGUCAUCCCCCAGGAAUAUGGCAUCAGCCAGCAGGAGAAGCUGGAGAUUGCUGUGGGCUUCUGCCUGCCCCUCAUCAGGAAGAUCCAGCUGGACCUGCAGCGAACCCACGGGGAUGAGUCUGUCAACAAACUGCACCCCUUGUAUUCGAGGGGAGUCCUGUCUCCAGGGCGCCAUGUCCGGACACGUUUGUACUUCACCAGCGAGAGCCACGUCCACUCCCUGCUUAGCAUCUUCCGCUACGGAGGCCUGCUGGAUGCCUCGAAAGACCCCCAGUGGAGAAGAGCCAUGGACUACCUGGGUGCCAUUUCGGAGCUGAACUAUAUGACCCAGAUCGUCAUCAUGUUGUAUGAGGAUAACAAUAAGGAUCCCUCGUCUGAGGAGAGGUUCCACGUGGAGCUACACUUCAGUCCCGGAGUGAAAGGCUGCGAGGAGGAAGGCAGUGCCCCGGCAGGAUGUGGCUUUCGCCCGGCAUCGGCAGAGAAGGAGGCCAGAAGGCCGGAGCAGGGGAGCCUGGAGGACCCACCUGAGUCCAGGGGCAGGGAUGAGGCAGAUGGGCCGGAGGCGCUGUCCCCUCGGCUUUCAGAGCCAGUCUGCGUUCAGCGACGGUCACCGCUGAUCCGGAACCGCAAGGCCGGCUCCAUGGAGGUGCUGUCCGAGUCCUCCAAGUCUGGUGGGUAUCGUCUCUUUUCCUACUCGAGGCAUUCCUCCGAAGGGAAACCAAGUGGCUUAGGGUCACAGUGCUCAAGGCUCUUCAGCACCACUGUCCUGGGAGGCUCCUCCAGUGCCCCAAACCUUCAGGACUAUGCUCGCAGCCAUGGGAAAAAGUUUGCCUCCAGCUUUCUGUACAAAGAUGAGCUCUUGUCUAUGCCAGCCAUAAAGCGAUUUUCUGUGUCGUUUGCAAAGCAUCCAACUAAUGGGUUCGAAGGCUGCUCCAUGGUGCCCAGUAUCUACCCCUUGGAGACUCUGCACAACUGCCUCUCCCUUCGCCAGGUCAGCGACUUCUUGACUGCCCUGUCCGGGAGCUGCCAUGACGCCCAGCCGAGGCCUCUCACAGAGCGCAGCAGCCUGUCGGGCACGGCCUCCAGUAAAGGCCCCGCAGGACCCUCGACCCCUUUGGCAAGCUGCUUCCACAAGGACCAGGCCAGUGACCAGCCCCUCAAGGAGGAACUGCUCAGCACAGAAGAAGGGGGCUUGCAGGGCUUCAUCUCUUGGGGGGAGCUCCUGGCAGUGAGUGAGGAAGAGACAGGGCCGGAACAGAGCCAGCUGAAGGAGGCUCCAGCCAGAGAAGAGAGGGGGAGGCGGUGGGGACUGUGGGACCCGGGCCCAGACCCAGACCCAGGUGGGCUGAGCAGAGAGGAAGUGUAAGAGUUCCUGCUCAGAAGGCCCUCUAAGCGAGGGGCUGGGGGGCUGCAGUUGGGAAGCAGCAUGGCAGGGUGCCUUCUGCUCCUCAGUGGGAGCCUUGGGAGGCUGCGAUGCAACCAGCAACAGCAGUGAAGCUCCACCAAGGGGCCGCUUGGGUUGCUUGCUGACCAAGGUCCAUGCCGCCCCCACUGGAGCUGAGAAAGCUUCAGGAUGGCCCAGGUGGAUCAUGUGCUCCAGGUUUCCAUGUGGUCCUGGUGAGGCUGUUUGAAGCAGUAACUAAGAUGGUUUCUGAUGGGUCUGUGAUGGUGUAGAAAGUGGACUGGCCUCCCUGUAUCCCAAAUUCCAGCCUUGCUGGAACCACCAAGAGAAUCAAGGUUUCCUAGAAGUACAUGAAUGAGUUGGCAGUGGUGUUUAGCAAGUGCAAUUUGUAAUAUAUUCUUCGCAUUAAUUGAGAUGUAUGUGUGUCCAGAUGUCAAGUCCAAAGUAUCUGUAAUUAUGAUUUGUUUUUUGUGUUUCCCUCAUAAUGAAUUGUGACACUGUCCCUAAAGUCCUUGCACUGUAUAUUCAAGCUGUAGUAAAAUAUACCAGGCACCUGGUUUCACCAUUA